CUGCUACACCUCAAUCGCGGCGCGAACGAGAGUAACUGCCUGUUUUCAUUUGACAUACCCAGCAUUAAUCCACCAUGUCUGACCUGUCCGUCCAACUCGAGACGCCGCACGCCGGCAAGUACACUCAGCCAACCGGACUCUUCAUCAACAAUGAGUUCGUAAAGUCCGUCGAGGGCAAGACCUUCGAGGUCAUCAACCCAUCGACUGAGGAGGUCAUCACCUCCGUCUACGAAGCCACCGAGAAGGAUGUUGACAUUGCCGUCGCCGCCGCCCGCAAGGCCUUCGAGGGCCCAUGGAGGAAGGAGACCCCAGAGAACCGUGGCAAGCUCCUCCACCGCCUCGCCGACCUCUUCGAGAAGAACCUGGACCUCCUCGCAUCCGUCGAGGCUCUCGACAACGGAAAGGCCGUCUCUAUGGCCAAGGUCGACAUCAGCAUGUGCGCGGGCUGCCUGAGAUACUACGCUGGCUGGGCCGACAAGAUCGAGGGAAAGGUCGUUGACACCACCCCGGAUACCUUCAACUACAUCAAGAAGGAGCCAGUCGGCGUUUGCGGUCAGAUCAUCCCAUGGAACUUCCCACUCCUCAUGUGGGCCUGGAAGAUUGGUCCGGCUGUCGCAGCUGGCUGCACAGUCGUCCUCAAGACUGCCGAGCAGACGCCCCUUGGAGGUCUCGUUGCCGCUACCCUCAUCAAGGAGGCCGGCUUCCCACCAGGUGUGGUCAACAUCAUUUCUGGUUUCGGCAAGGUCGCUGGUGCCGCUCUCUCUUCACACAUGGACGUCGACAAGGUUGCCUUCACUGGCUCCACCGUUGUCGGCCGAACCAUCAUGAAGGCUGCUGCUGGCUCCAACCUGAAGAAGGUCACUCUCGAGCUGGGUGGCAAGUCACCAAACAUCGUCUUCGAGGACGCUGACAUCGACAACGCCAUCUCUUGGGCCAACUUCGGUAUCUUCUUCAACCACGGACAGUGCUGCUGCGCUGGUUCGCGUAUUUACGUCCAGGAGAGCAUCUACGACAAGUUCAUUCAGCGAUUCAAGGAGCGCGCACAGAAGAACGUCGUUGGCGACCCAUUCGCCAAGGACACCUUCCAGGGCCCACAAGUCUCCCAAGUCCAGUUUGACCGCAUCAUGAACUACAUCAAGGCCGGCAAAGAUGCUGGUGCCAACGUCGAAAUCGGUGGCAACCGCAAGGGCGACAAGGGUUACUUCAUCGAGCCAACCAUCUUCUCCAACGUCACGGAAGACAUGAAGAUCAUGCAAGAAGAGAUCUUCGGCCCAGUCUGCUCCAUCAGCAAGUUCAAGACCAAGGAGGAGGUCAUCAAGAUCGCCAACAGCACCACAUACGGCCUCGCCGCCGCCGUGCACACAAAGAACCUCAACACCGCCAUCGAGGUAUCAAAUGCCCUCAAGGCCGGUACCGUGUGGGUCAAUACCUACAACACCCUCCACCACCAGCUUCCGUUUGGUGGUUACAAGGAGUCUGGUCUCGGCCGUGAGCUUGGCGAGAACGCUCUUGAGAACUACAUCCAAUACAAGACCGUCAGCAUCAGACUUGGAGAUGCUCUCUUCGGUUAAGCGCACUUGUACAGGGCGUCUUAGUUUCAUGUAACUAGUUUUGAUGAGGAAGUGAAGUAUGUAAAAAGAGCCAAAAAGGUUUCCAAAACAGAUAUCUACCCA